AUGGGUUUGUUCGGUUUGUUCUGCUGCUGCUCGGGACGCCGGAGGAAGUAUCCAGAUUCUGUUGUUAGGUACCCAUAUGUGCCGCAUGGCCAGCCAGCUCUUGAUCCUAUACUACCAACCAAAGAACAUGUUAUCGAGACUACUACGAAAGCCAAGGAGGAAAUCACACCUCCACCCGAUUACUCUGUAAACUCCUUAUCCAAGGUGCAAACCGUUGUUUCCUCCGCCCCAGAUCCCGACGAUAUCAGCCCUACUUCCUCCGACACCAAGAAACAAGAUGAAAAGAAGGAUAUCACAGCUCGGCCCAUCAAGCCAAUACGUAAGCGCCGCGACAAGGAAGAAGGAUACUCGACGGAAGAUGUACAGCUAGGCUCAUAUACUAAGGCGACUAAUGGACAAGAGCCAAAGAGUCUAUUGAAGACACCACUGCCAGCAAGUUUGUACGAGAAGAAAGAAGAGACCACCUCACAACCUUUCGUUUUCUCUGCCGGCAAGGGAAGCGUGCAAGUCGAGGAUUCAACCGCCAUCUCUUCUUCUUCUUCCUCUCCAACAACAAGAGUCAAGAAACCACUCCCCAUACGAACCAAACCCACCGCCCCAACCUACCCAUAUCCCCCCUCCCUCUCGUCUUCCCCCUCGCCCCCUUCCUCCCCCAUCUCCCCAACCACCACGACCUUCCCCUCCAGAACCACAACCGCCCCAACAACCUUCGCAACAACCACUCCAAUAACCACGACCUUCCCCCCUCCCCUCCCUUACUCCCCACCCAGCCCUCCGCCAACCGACCCAGGCCUCACCUGCCCCAAAUGCUCCUCCCCCAACAAAUCCCUCACAACGAACUCCACCAACCUCAACAACGGGCGCCCUUACCGCCUCUGCAGCAACUCCUCCUGCCGCUCCUGGAACGGCUUCUCCGACACACGCGGUCUUACGCCCAGCGAACCUUGCUGGUGCGAUCCACCGCUGCCGAUGCGGUUGGUGGCCAUGAAUGCGGUGGAUGCGAGGGGGCGCAGGAAGGCGUUUUACAGUUGUCAGUAUAAGAGAUGUGGGGCGUGGAGGGGGGCUGAGGAUGAGGAAACUGGGGCGGCGAGGUGGUUUGGGGAGGAGGAGAUUAGGGGGAUGGUUAGGAGAGGGGAGAUUUGA